GGCGUUGGGACACGCCCACCUGCAGAGCUGUCAAUCAUCGUGGAACAACGUCCCAGGAGCGCCACACAGUUUGGUGUUGUGUUGGACACGCCAUGGUCACUGGUUUCUCCGAGGAAAUAUCACCACCAUGCUGUGGAUGUGAGGAUACCGGGCUCUCCUCGUUGUGUCUCGGAUGUGGAGAGCAGAUCUAGCCGUGGAUCUCUCCCAGAAACAUGGCUCUUCCUCUCCUACAGCCACAUCAUGUUUCUCUCCCUCCACUGCUGCUGCUGUCACUGCUGCGUGUCUGGCUGCUGCUCAUGUCCGCCAGCGCGCUGGAGGUGAUCGACCUGGACGCACCUGAACUCACCUGUAGCCAGGGUUUGACUGACUGCCACGUGAGCUCAGACUCUCAGUACGCUGCUGCUCUGCCCGAUCCAGUUGAUACGGUGAAUGUUACAGAUGUGCAGCUUAAAGUGAUUCUGCGCUGUUCAGCCACACAAGACUGUGAUCCGUACCUGCAAAUCAUCAUCGCAGUCCAAGAAGUUAGUAACACAAAGGAGGUUUCUGAAGAGGUUUCUGGUGACCAUAAUGAUGAAGAGGAGUUAUUUGGCAUGAAUCAAAUGGCAGAAGGAAGUGGUCACGUUGUGCCUCCUGAGCCAAGAGCUUUGGUGAUAGUGUGUGUCAGCUCCCCAGGCUCCAUUGACAGCUGCAAGACACUUGAGUUUAAACCAAGCUACUUCGGUUCAGACCAAACUUCUUCUCAACGGCCCACACAUGAGCUGCUGUUGAGAGAGAAAACAAAGUUUGGCAUUCCUGUUGUGGUCCACGUCCAUGAGCAUUCAGAGGGAAUGCAGAACAUUCAAAAUAUCACAAUCCCAUCUUUACUAGACGUUUGCUCCAUGAAACUAAAGGGGACUGAAAAGAAAUGUUUUGUUCCGAGACUCCGAGCUGAUCAUAAGAGAAAUGGGGUCCUCCUCCAACUGGAAAAUACUGAUGACGAUCUCACGUGCCGGGUGUAUUGGAAUAAAAAUGGACAGGAAUUUGCGUGGCCCGAAGACAAGAGAGAAAUGGUCUUUCCGUCAAGCUUUGUUGCACCAUGCCUGUGCUUCCAGGUACGGUGCAAUGGAAAGCUUCCAAGUGAAUCCUGUCCUUUCAAAAACCACCAAGAUGCACUCGAAAGAAUGCAGCACAGUGUGUCUGUGUCUUUGGAGAAGUCUCGGAUGAGGGACGGUGGGACAGGGCUGAGCUGGAACAUGACUGCCCUCUGCAGACUGGACGCAGAGGUGAGGCUGUGCAAGAAAGACGUGGCAGGAGGCCAGUGUGAAGAAGUGACGGGCUCCAGACAGACACUGCACAGCCAUGGAGAUGCUGGCUGGAGGGCAACGCGCAGUGGAUACUGGAAAACAGGAGAUUUCAAUGUGUCGUCACAUCCUCUGCUUUGUGUUCAGAUAAAGAUAAAGGGGAUGGAGUCAUACUUAGAGCCCCAGUGUCCAUUUGCGACAUCUCGAUGGAGAUGGAGCCUGCUACUCCUCAUCGGACUACUACUGAUGUGUUUGGCCAUACUAGGGGCCUAUCUUAUACAAGGGGUCCUAAAAGGCUACAUGUGGAGAUGGUUGAAAGAAGACGAUGUUAAAGGUGCUGUGGGUGGAGGUCAUGUAGUGUUGCUGUACCGACCUGAUGACGACCAGGCUUUGCCAGAGCUGAUGAGUCACCUGGGCUCGUCCCUCCAGGCCCUGGGCUUCAGCGUGUCUCUAGACCUGUGGAGCCAAGCUGAGCUCAGCGUACUGGGCCCCGUGCCUUGGCUCCACUCGAGACUGAACCGACUGCAAAGGCAGGGGGGCAAAGUGGUGCUGGUCUUAACCCAGGCUGCCUGGAUAAGGGCUGAAGAGUGGGGAGCUCGGAGCUGGGAGAGAAACACUCCCAAGGAGAGGAAUAGAGACAUGGAGGAAGAGAAGGGAGGAAGAAGCUGCGCUGCAUCUUCUCCCUGCGUAGAUGUUUUUACUGCUUCGUUGAGCUGUAUCCUAGCAGACUAUUUACAGGGCCGCGCAGGCGAGCGGUUCAUGUUGGUGCAGUUUGAAUCACUUCCACCUGAGCCUCCGGGUGGUUUCCGGCCGCUGCCAGAACUUUUCCGCGGCCUUCAUGUCUAUAGCCUCCCCUCCCAGAGCCUGGGCUUUCUGACUGAACUGGCCGGGGCUCGGCAGAUGGCUACUGCUUCAGCCAGACGGAAAAGAGCAGGGGGGCUCAGGAUGGCAUCCCGAGCUCUGGCACGAGGGCUGUCGGGGUUCACGGCAGGGACAACAGUAUUACGCCUUGCAGGAGUGUCCCAGAGUUGUGUUGGGGUAGGAAUUGAAGACUCUGGGGAAACAGUGCCCUUGCAGCCCUGUCUUAUCACGCCUCCCUCCAGUCCUGACUCGAGCCCCAAGGUCAGUGAAAUGGAUUGGGUCUGACAGCAAAGAACGACACAAGACAGUUUGGGGAUGAGCGGCCAGUAAUGACUUGAAGUGAUACUCUGGGAGAUAAAUCAAUAUCAGUUUGCAGCUGUUACAUUUGCUGAUAUAAACAUCUGGGGUUUAGUUGAAAAGGAGUGAAGUGUUUUAUGUGUCAGAGGAAACAGUAGUUCCUUUUUCAAAUAAAAGCUGAGUUGUUAGCUUGAGCUCUUGCUGCUCCAGAAAAAUAAAACCAACAACCUCAAACAAUAAAAGCUCACACACUACUUCUAAAAGUAAAUUCAAGGAAAAACACAUCAAUUGAUACACAGUUUGAUCACAAAGUGGUCUGUGGUGAAUAUAUUUGAAAACAUUAAUAUAUAUAAUAUAUAACACAUAACAUAACAUAACAUAUUUACUAGUGUUUGACAUUCUGCAUGCACUAUCUAUUGCUAAAAGUACUGACAUGAAGAUGUUUUAAAACAGAAAUAAGCUAUUUCCUUUUUCUUUAUACAUAAGUUUUUCAGUUGCUCUGUAGGCAUGGUGAGUCUGUUUUAUACUGUGUUUUGUCUUACCGUUUAAAGUUGGAUUGAAUAAAGAAUCUAUCUGAAACAUGUCAGAUGCUCUUUUGUACAAACGAUUGUUAAUUCUUAUUCAUUACAAUCACGACAUGAGAUGUGUGUUUGCAGAGCGACACCUUUACAUUUGUUUAACAUGCAUAAAAAUGAAAGGUGCUAUUGAUAACAUUGAUAACAUUCAGCCACUAGAUGUUGCAUUCUCCCUCCCCCGUUACAUUGCAUUUACUUCACAACAAGUCGUUGCCAGGCACUUACCACCAAUCUCAGCCAUUAAUCCGUUUUUUUCCCACCCUAACUGACGACCCAGAGAUACCACGUGAUACCAAUGUCGUUUUUUUCCCCACUUUGUUUAUUAGGUUUCACAUCUUAAAAAACACAUUUUGUGUACAAAAGAAACAGUAAAACAUUUUUCAUCUUUUUCUUUUAAGGAAACAAACAGACGUAAAAAAUCAAGCAUAAUAAUCCCCAUAUUAAAAUAAUAGUAAUAAUAAUAAUAAUAAUAAAACAAAAUAAUAAUAAAAAAAGAAAUAACACAACGACAAUGGACAAGGUGUGUGUUUGUAUGUGUACGCGGCAGUUUGGGGUAAACAAAUUGUAUAGGAAAUGAUGAAAACAAACCAUACUACAAUCUCACAGCUGCUCAGGCAGAUAUGUAAUGAAAGGUUGCCGUAUGCUGCUAAAAUUAUUCUUCGGUCCUCGUAGACCAAAUCUUAUCUUUUCUUGCUUCAAAAAUUGUAGUGUAUCUCUGAUCCAAUGUUUAAAGGAAAGCCUGCUUCUAAUUGAGUAACAUGAGUGUUCUGGCUAAAAGAGCGACAUAAGCGAUGCAAUUUGACUGUGACAAUGUCGUUGUACCAUUGGCUCACAAGACUUGUUAAAAUUGGGAACCAAACGUCAGAUAUCUUCAACAGAGUUAAACAAAACAUUCAUUUUGGACCCGCCAAAAUG